GAUUUUUGUUUCCCUCCAUCACAAAUUCACAAUCUAGCCAAACUAAUUUCUCUUUCUCUCUCUCUCACCUUCUUAUCCUUCAGCUAACGUACAAACAAAACAAGUCUCCAAAAUCUCAAACCAAAAUAUCCUCUUUCGUGCUAAAAUCAACACACUCCCUCCCUCUUACUCCUCUUUCCUUCUUUCUUUCUUUCUUGCUCAGAAGCUGAAAUUCAAUUCAAAACGCUGCGUUUUUCCCAGUGUCUAAACAUUUCUCAAUUUCCACAAACCCUAACCCUAUGGAAGUUUCACCUGUCUCAGUUUCAGACAAGUGCUUCUUCUUCUCCCCUCCAAUUCGCCAUUCUUCUUCCGCUUACCCUCUCCCCUCGUGCAACAACUACCACCGCUUCCGCCGCCGCCGCUGGAGUUACUGUUGCGCCUCCAACCCCGACACCCUGCUCGCCGGCGGUAAUGCCGUCGUUACCGCCGCUUCCGGCAGGAAGCGCGAGGUGGAGCACGACGACGACGACUUGAAAUCUUGGAUGCACAAGCAUGGCCUCCCUCCGUGCAAGGUUGUUCUGAAAGAUAAGCCUUCCCACGAUGAUACCCUUAAGCCUAUACAUUAUGUUGCUGCCAGUGAAGAUCUUCAGGUGGGCGAUGUUGCAAUCUCCGUUCCAAAUUCGCUGGUUGUCACUCUAGACCGUGUCUUGGGAAAUGAGACUGUUGCUGAGCUACUGACCACAAACAAAUUUUCCGAAUUGGCAUGCUUGGCAUUGUAUCUGAUGUAUGAGAAAAAACAGGGGAAGAAGUCUUUCUGGUAUCCAUACAUUAGGGAGCUUGAUCGUCAACGAGGUAGGGGCCAGAUGGCAGUGGAAUCGCCUCUUCUAUGGUCAGAAUCUGAGCUGGCUUACCUUGCAGGAAGUCCAUUAAAGGAUGAAAUUCUUAAAAGGAUUGAAGGAAUAAAAAAAGAGUAUGAUGAACUUGACACAGUCUGGUUUAUGUCUGGUUCUCUUUUUCAGCAAUAUCCAUAUGACAUUCCUACCGAGGCUUUUCCAUUUGAGAUUUUCAAACAAGCCUUUGCUGCUAUUCAGUCUUGUGUGGUGCAUUUACAGAAAGUUAGUUUAGCUCGGAGAUUUGCUUUGGUUCCACUGGGACCUCCUUUGCUGACCUACCGAAGCAACUGCAAGGCAAUGUUAACUGCUGUUGAGGGUGCUGUUGAGCUUGUGGUUGAUCGCCCAUACAAAGCUGGGGACCCAAUAGUCGUCUGGUGUGGCCCACAGCCUAACACAAAGUUACUUACAAACUACGGUUUUGUUGAUGAAGAAAAUCCCUACGAUCGUCUAGUAGUUGAGGCAGCUUUGAAUACUGAAGAUCCACAAUAUCAAGAUAAAAGAAUGGUUGCUCAAAGAAAUAAGAAGUUAUCAAUUCAAGUUUUUUAUGUUUAUGCUGGAAAGGAAAGGGAAGCUGUUUCAGAUAUGCUUCCUUAUCUCCGUCUAGGCUAUGUUUCAGAUCCUUCUGAGAUGCCAUCUGUUAUCUCUUCUCAAGGUCCUGUUUGUGCUGUAAGCCCUUGUAUGGAGCGCGCUGUAUUAAACCAGCUGGCUAAUUAUUUCAAGAGUCGGCUGGCUGGUUACCCUACUACCUUGGCUGAAGAUGAAUCUAUGCUGACAGAUGAUAGUCUGAAUCCAAAGAAACGAGUAGCUACUCAGCUUGUUAGGCUGGAAAAGAAAAUGCUUCAUGCAUGUUUGCAGGCAACAGCUGAUUUCAUAAACCAGCUUCCUGACCACAGUGUAUCUCCAUGCCCUGCUGCAUAUGCACCUUUAUUAAAAUGAAAGGAACUGGGUUGUCUGUGCUAUACAUUAUGUGGAUUGAACGAACAAGAAAAUUAAUGGAAGAGUUCCAGAAUCCAGACAAAAAGGGUUAGUUCGUCCUUUAUGUAUCUCCUGAAGAUAUGAACUACAAAAGAGUCUUUUCUGUGUCCCUUUUCAUUAGUUGAGUUUUUUUUGGGGGUCUGUGGCGGCAUAGAUGACUGUAAAAUUGGGUGUUUGAACGAUAGCCAUAAUUGUAAAUGGAAAUCUGGAUACAGAUUCUAAUUCAUUUGUGUAUAUAGGCAUAACUUUUGUAUGGCAAGCCAACUGUUUGCAGUUCACGUGGAAAAUAGUAGUAAAAAUGUCAAAUGCAAGAUUUUCUCUUUUUUGUUUA